UCAAACUAGAAAUUUCAAAAAAUCAUAAGACAAUAGUCACAUUAUUAUCAUUGUAGUAUACUUUCUAGAAACCACUAUGGCUGCAAGUGGACUAUCAAAAGUAGUAGCACUUGUUACUGGUGGAGCCUCUGGCCUAGGUCGAGCUACUGCCGAGCGUUUGGUGCGUCAAGGAGCCGCUGGUGUUGUUAUUCUAGAUUUGCCCCAAUCCAAUGGCGAGUCCGUAGCAAAAGAAAUCGGUGGAAACUGCCAUUUCUCAGCAGGCGAUGUCACCAGCGAGGCUGACGUCACCAGUGCCAUCACGCUGGCCCGGGAGCGCUACGGGCGCUUGAACACGGCCAUCAACUGCGCCGGCAUUGGCAUCGCCGUCAAAACCUACAACGCGCGCAAGCAGCAGACGCAUGAGCUCGCGCCGUUCAGCAAGGUGGUGUCGGUGAACGUGGGCGGCACGUUCAACGUGAUCCGCCUGGUCGCCACGGAGAUGGCGCAGGGCGACGCCGACGAGGACGGACAGCGCGGCGUGGUGGUCAACACGGCCAGUGUGGCGGCGUACGAUGGCCAGAAAGGACAGGCGGCGUACUCCGCGUCCAAGGGCGCCAUUGUCGGCAUGACCCUGCCGAUCGCACGCGACCUGUCUGAUGUCGGUAUUCGAGUGUGCACCAUCGCCCCAGGUCUGUUCCGCACUCCUCUAUUGGCUGGGCUGCCGGAGAAAGUUCAGACAGUGCUGGCUGAAACGACACCAUUUCCCAAGCGUCUCGGUCAUCCCGCAGAGUACGCCCAGCUGGUCCAAUCCAUCGUUGAAAACAGGAUGCUAAACGGUGAGGUCAUCCGCCUCGACGGCGCCAUUCGUAUGCAACCCUGAGCGAAUAUUAAUGGUGCGCGGUGACGUUAGAUUUUACUCUUAUUUUUACAAUCACUGACUGUUGGUUUUUUGUUCCUGCUGUGUUCUUUUUAGAAACCUUUUUGUUCUGUUUUGCUAGUACCGGUACAGAGUGCUGGGCUUGUCAAUAGUGGAUAGUGGUAUGUUUUAAGGAUCGUUCUUUUGUCUUUGAUGUUGCGUUGUUUUCGUUGGGAUGUGUUGGAAAUACUCAUUUUACCCAAUACACUCAUAUGAGUCAUAUCCGGGACCGGGCACUGCCUACAACUUGGAAAUGUCUGUAACUCUGAA